GCUGGCAGAAACCACUCACAGUAGCAACCUUUCAACGUUCAGGACAACAGCAAAAGGAAGAAGAAACAAGUUUUUAAAAGUCGAAACCAGGAGGAAUGCAAUGACGUCCAUAUUUGUCUUCAGUGCGACCCAGGAAGGCAAGACGAUCUUGCUUCACAAGUACACCGGCUACGUAACACUCAUCGUGAACGUAGCUUCUCGAUGCAGCUUCACCCCGGCGAACCUCGCAAUGCUCAACGAAGUACAACAGACGUACGCAAAUCGCAAUUUCAGCGUCCUCGGCUUCCCGUGCUCGCAAUUUGCGAACCAAGAACCCCUCAACAACGCCGAGAUCGCGCAGUGGAAGAUGAGCGUGCCGGUCCUCUUUCCCGUCUUUGACAAGAUCAACGUGAAGGGCGCGCAUGCAGACCCGCUUUUUCAAAUGCUGCGCGCUCAACAAGGCGCACCGCUGUGGAACUAUACAAAGUACCUCUGCGAUCGCAACGGUGUCCCGUGUCGCAAACUAGAGCCUGGAUGCUCGUUGGAUUCACUCAAGCAGGCAGUUGAGUGUGUUCUGUGA